AUGAUAGUCGUCGACAUUGGUUCCGCACCGAGAGGCUCUCUUCGUUAUUACUCUAGCGGGAGGGGUUUCCCGUCUUGGGAGUUGCCCGUCUGGCUUGCCCUCGGGAUGCAAGGCGCUUGCUCCCCCCAUUUUCAGCAAGCCCUAGAGCGGGCUCUUUACUACACACUUUUAUUUGGUGGGCUUACCAGCGCCAUUCCCCGACACGAGAACAGGCAUUCCAGUCAAUAA